UGGCUUUUCCUUAGGUGCUGCAGUACCUGACGCUGCCUUUGUGUGUCGCCAUCCACCGGCCAAGAAAAUGACAGUAUCGCAACGGACUUCGGGGGAUUACACGUCGACGUGACUGCCUAAAGGGACAAAUCAAACGAUGGAGAAGCUGGGCAAAGAAACACCUGCUGAGGCGGGGAGGAGAACCGAGUCAGCUCGGCAACAACAAGACAGCUCGAAUCGUCAUGUGAUCCUCCCAAACCCCCGCCUGUAUCAGCACAAGCCAAGAGGCAAUGAGUCAGGAGUCGGCCCAAAGUGGAGCCUUCCAUCAGACAUUCAUGGUGGUGACUUAUCCUGGAGACCAAAGGCGUCCAGAAAGAAAAAUGAACCUCGGGUACAAAGCGGCAUUGGGGGUAAAAACUCAGCGGACACACAAAGAAGAGGUGUCCAAGAGUCCAGAUCAGCAAGGACCCCAAAACCCACUCAGGCCGAUUUAGCCCCAUUUGAGGUGAAAAUUUCCGACUUCCCGCAACUGGACAGCAGCCCCGCACAAGGUCACAAAGAAAAUUGGAGGCCAAUUGUGACAGUGGAGAAAUCUCAACUUCCCUCAAAGUCACUAUCUCCAUGGGCGGAUUUACACCAGAAGACAUCCAUGAGAGGAUCCAUAACUUUACCUGAUCCCCGACAAACCGAUGGCCCAACGCUCGCUUGCAGCGCAGCUGAACAAGCGGCGACGUCGUGGGCUAAUGUUGCUUCUCAGCCACCAAAAAAAACCUUGCAGAAGGAAAAGACUGUCAUGCCGACGGAGGAAACAGUCACACAGCAGCCGCAAGAGGAAAUGGCGGCAGGGAGGAAAAAACGGAAGAAAAAGAAGAAGGUAAAAGAGGUAUAUGACAGCAAAGAAGAUGAGAGAGAAGAUCCAACAGUCCAACAAGAGCCACCAAAGUUUGGAGAUGAAGAUGAGUUCCCUGGUUUGGCUCCAUCACAGACUUGGUCUGAUCGGUUGACGAGCAGCAGAAACACUAUCAAUAAAUAUGCAGAAAACCAACAAGAUGAACUAGCAGCAAUCAGGCGGAAGAAUGGAACCAAAACCCCACCUGUAGAGUCAGCAAAGAAAGGCCAGAAAACUGAGAAGACCUCUGGGAAGAAGAGCAAAGCUCCUGUGCAGCUGGACAUUGGGAACAUGCUGUCCGUUCUGGAAAAUAAGCAGCAAUCUCAGAAAGUCAAGCAGACUGUGAUAUCAGUGGGUGGAGGACUUCCUGUCAUUCACAAGCAACCGACAGUCCAGAAAAAGACACCCUGGCAGCAGGACAAAAUUGCCCACAACCCGCUGGACUCCACCAGCCCCCUAGUGAAGAAAGGCAAGCAGAGGGAGGUUCCCAAAGCAAAGAAACCUACUGCUCUCAAAAAGGUCAUCCUUAAAGAAAGAGAGGAGCGAAAGCAGCGCCGUUUACUGGAGGAGAGGGGUGUGGUGCCUGAAAAUGAGUCCACGAUUGCCACGCCUACAGCAGAAAAUGAGCGGUGUAAUGCGAAUUUGACAGAUGAAGACGACGGUGCUGUUUCAGGAAGUGACGAGCAACAGGAAAAUGAAAUGGCGAGAGUGGGUGACGGAGAGUCUGACAGAAUUAGACCUGACGAGCAGCACAGUAAUCAGCAGGAUGUUUCUAUCAAUGCACUGGAUCAACCCAAAAUCCACAGCAGGAAGUUCAGAGAGUACUGCAGCCAGAUGCUGAGCAAAGAGGUGGACCAGUGUGUGACGUCGCUGCUGAAGGAGCUGGUCCGAUUCCAGGACCGCCUCUAUCAGAAGGACCCUAUGAAGGCACGCAUGAAGCGGCGCAUGGUCAUGGGUCUGCGAGAGGUCCUCAAGCACCUCAAACUCCACAAGGUCAAGUGCGUCAUUAUCUCGCCCAACUGCGAGCGCGUCCAGUCCAAAGGAGGUCUGGACGAGGCGCUUCACACAAUCAUCAACACGUGCCGCGUGCAGGAAGUGCCGUUCGUCUUCGCCCUCUCCCGCAAGGCUCUAGGGCGCUGCGUCAACAAGAUGGUGCCCGUCAGCCUGGUGGGCAUUUUCAACUACGAUGGCGCGCAGGACUACUACCACCAAAUGAUUGAGUUGUCCUCUGAGGCCAGGAAGGCAUACGAGGUGAUGCUGGCGAGCGUGGAGCGAGCCGUUCGGUCAGAGCGCGGCGACGCUGACUUUUCUGAGGAGCACAGUGCUGCCAAGCUGAUUGAGGCCAAGCAGUCAGAGCCUGAGCUUGAGUCUGAGGAUCUGGUAUAUAACCAGUCGUGGAGGAAGCUGCUGCAGAAUGAGUCCAACUACAAGUCGUUAAACUUUGAUGGAUGGCCAAGUGAAUGUCACCAUGAAAAUGAGAAGAGCUGACAGUGGCAACUCUGUGGGGUUGAAGGCGUGUUGGAGCCUAUGCCAGCAGACUGUUCGAGUGAAUAAGUACACCAUGGACUGUUCACCAGCCAAGCGGAGUAAAUGUUGAAUGUUUAAUAAGGAAAUGUUCUCUGGGUUGAGCCACCACUUGGUCAUUUUAGUGGGAGAAAAUGCAUUAUUUGAGUAAUUUGAGUUUUGAUCUUGCUCGUGGAAUCAAGGUGGUCUCCAGAGUCUCCUCUGCACCCAUCAAGUGUGAAAUCACACAAGUCAUUUUUUUCUCAUCUGUGAUACGGUUAAAUUAGCCAUGGUUGCCACUUGUUAGAGACACCAAUAAGUGUUCUCGUACAAUCUUGGAUUCUGAUAAACCACACAUACUUAGUCAUACCCGGUUGACUGCUGUAAUGCUAGUUCCUUAGAGUAUUUUGACAAGAUCCCACGGUAAAAGAAAAAUAAAUGACAAACUGUCUCUUUUAAAGUAAAAUUGGAACAUGAUCAAUUAAAAAGAAAAUGAUUAUGUGCAUGAUCACUUUUUUUUUUUAAACAGCCAACACGAGAGCCCACAAGAUACCUACAAUAAUUGUGGCUCAUGGGUCAAACCAGUAAUAGUUCUUUAUUACUUUUCUACCCGUCACAAUUCCCCUCUGGGCAAGAACACUAUUAAUUUUGUGAAGGCUUUUUUUUUUUCCCUGAGACACCAGAGACUACAAUGGCUUGUCAUGUUAUCUAGCACUUGCCAUUAUCUACUAAUCUUUAAACUAGCUGGAAAUGUCAUCCAAGCGGGAACACUUGACUUUUUAACGAGCAACUGACUCAAAACACGUUUUCUUUCCCUGAAAGUUUUCAAACACAUUUGUUUGUGCUGAAGACUCGGAGACUGUGUGUCUUUCAAUGAUUUUCAAUUGAAAGUGUCUAUAGGACCACACCAGGGGUUUAAAGUAAUCCCACAAUAUAAAAUGAAUGACAAAAGUUUCGCUUUUAGUUGACUGAAAAAAGAGACUUACUUUGUGAUUUUUAUUUAUUAGUUGUUGAAAAAAUGAAAACAGAGCUAUAAAAGUACAGUGGACCUCCGCUAUUGGUCGGCACUAGGGACCUUGUUGGACUACAAAUGGCGAAAAUACGGAGAUAACUGGUCCUUGUAAUGCACUGAGAGUUUUAUUUUAUUUGACUUUUUCUGCCCCCAAAAAUCUUUAAAUAACUGGGCAUAAACCAUUAAGUGCUUUGGGGGUUGGGAGAAAAAAAUGUAUAAGAAAUCUGCAAAUAGGUAAAUCCGCAGGGGCCGCACUGCUCUAUGCGGAGCUCCUCUGUAUUAUGUGUGGGGGUGUACAGUAUGAAUGAAGAGAGAAAAAUUGUAACAAACUAUUUUCAAUGAUUCCUAAUAAUAAACUGAGUUUUGGGAUAAAGGAA